CGCUGUUUGCUUCACCUGUCGACAGCAGAUCUGGGCGCAGCCUGCUAUAAAAAGCCUGUCAUCGCCAGUCAAGCCGACAUUGUGCUGUUUUACUUGAUACCAUCGACGAGCUUUGCUUUAUUUUUGUCCUUUGGUGUGCUACCUGAGGUGGAUGUAUCGCCAGGUGCUCGUGCUCGCGGUGUUUGCCGCUUGUCUAUGCGGUUUUCCAGCAUCAUGCGCUCGUAAUUUAAAUUACAGACCGAUUAUUGGAAUUUUAGCCCAGGAGAACUUGGAGGAGGAUCCUCAUGCACAGGGCACUUCUUAUAUAGCUGCGUCAUAUGUCAAACACCUGGAGUCAGCUGGGGCCAGGGUUGUACCCAUCCGCAUAAAUCGCACAGAGGAGGAGUAUGAAACACUAUUCAAUGCAAUAAAUGGCUUGUUGCUUCCUGGAGGAAAUGUGGACAUCGAGACGUCUCAGUUUACCAGAGCGGCCAGGAUUUUCUAUGAACUUGCAUUAAAGGCUAACGAUGCUUCGGAUUAUUUCCCGAUCUGGGGCACGUGUCAGGGCUUCCAGCAGUUCACUGUUCUGACCAGCAAUAAAAACUUGUUGACUUUGACGGACACCAAAGCAGUCGCUCUGCCGUUGACCUUCAGCCCAGGAGCCCAGAACAGCAGGUUGUUCAAGAAAUUUCCCAAAGAUGUUCUUCAGUCUCUGGCAGAAGAAAACAUCACGUCUAAUUUCCACAGCUGGAGCUUGUCCACACAGAAUUACAGUGCCAAUCCCAAACUGAAGCGUUUCUAUCGAGUCCUGACCACUAAUACUGACGGCAGGAAAGAGUUCAUUUCCACUAUGGAGGCAUAUCGAUAUCCCUUCUACGCUGUACAGUGGCACCCUGAGAAGAGUCCAUUUGAGUGGAUUGAGAAAUCCGGCAUGGUCCACACGCUCUCCGCCAUCAAAGCCACCUUCUACACAGCCCACUUCUUCGUUUCUGAAGCAAUGAAAAACCGUCAUCAAUUUCCGUCACAGAUCGAAGAAGAAAAAGCUCUGAUCUACAACUAUCAACCCGUCUACAAUGGCCUGAACAGCAUCUUCCUGCAAAACUACUACUUCGAUUAAAUGUCAAGUAAAGGGGGGGAUUGAUUCAUCAUGGGUUGAAAAUUGAUUCUAGUUUUAAAAGUUUUUAAUUAGUUCUCAAAGUUGCCACAACGUAAUGUUUGGAAUGCCUAUUUUUUAA